UUGGCUUCGUCCGUUAACACGUGAGAAGGUCUAGGAAUCAGUCGACAGAGAAGCGCAUCGUUCGCAGCGAGAGAGAGAGACUCCACGAACGUGACGAUCAAUAAGCAAAAAAGAUCUGGGACGUUGUCGUCGUGUUCAUGCGAGACUUUGGCUAUGGCUACGGCUUCCGUCAUUCCCGCUUCUCGCCUCGCUCGUUCGGUGCUCCCUAUUCUUCCCACUCAUUACCAGACCUUCAGGGGGUUGACCGAUAUCGCGAGAAAUGCCGAAUCCACGGCGGCGGAGUCGCGAUCUGUGGCGGUCAAUGUCGCGCACGAGCUCCUCAGCAAGGGACAUCGAUACCUGGACGUCAGGACGGAUGAUGAAUUUAAGGCUGGACAUCCACCAGGAGCUUUGAACAUCCCUUACAUGUUCAGGAUUGGUGCAGAAAUGUCGAAGAACCCACAAUUCUUGGAUGAAGUAUCCUCGCACUUUGCCAAAGACGACGCGCUCCUUGUGGGGUGUCAGAGUGGAAGGAGGUCUCUCAUGGCUGUGACCGAUCUUCAAUCUGCUGGUUUUGGCCGGGUUGCAAACGUCGCAGGUGGGUACUCUGCCUGGACGAAGAAGGGGCUUCCUACUUCACAGUGAGGUCAUGGUGAAGCUCCUUCGCAAUGCUCCUUUUUCAGUUUUAGUUCCCCCCAAGUCUUUUAAUUCUUUCACCAGUCCUUUACCAGUCUUUGUGCUGGAUUGAAGCACAUUGCUUAACAGCUAGGAUUAGUCAAACUGACAUUGAAGAAGUAGAAAGAACCUGAGUGUGUCCUGCGGUGCAGUUUCUAGUUUUUCAUGAAACGUGUGCAUUCAGAGCCGAUGAAAAAGCACCCGAAUGCAGAAGUUCCUUUUUAAGUUU